AUGGCCCAGCGUACGAGGAUGGAUGCGGAUGAUGGCAAUGGCUUUGGGUCGGGACAGACGGUUCCGCAGCCACCGGUGGGUAUGCAGCCAGGAGCCGGAAUGUUUUUCCAAGCGCAGCAAGCCGCGAUGAUGCAGCAGGGACUGUACAGGACGCCUGGACUGGCGCAGUUUGCUUUGGGUCAGAGCUCAAUGGGCGGAGUGCCCACUCGGCUGGUUACCCUCCUAACGGACUUGGAGGUUGUUGCGCUCCUAACGUACCUGGAGGCUGUGUUUUCCAUGGUGGCCAGAAUGGGCCAAGUCCUCCUAACGUACCUGGAGGCUGUUUUUUCCCCGGUGGCCAGAAUGGGCCAAGUUCUCCUAACGUACCUGGAGGGCCAGGCAGGACCUGCUGGAGGUGGGUCUGCACCUGUAGGGCCAAGAGGGCCAAAUGGGCAGGAUGCUGAUGUUGAUAGUCUGGAGAAUGUGUCUACCCCGCAGGGGCCGCCCGAAGGGCAUGAGGCUGUAGGCCAGCAGCGCCUGGCAGCCCAACUUGGUGCUCACGAGGAGCCUUCUCACACGCAGUGUGGUGCAACUGGCCAAGCAGAUAUGGCUACUAUGAUGGCACUGCUUCACUCGCAGGGCGAAGCCCUGAGAAGUUGCAUGGCUGAGGUUGCUAAUCUUGGCAGGCGGGUGGAGCAGCUGGCCCUUGGACGAGGGCAGCCUACGCAAGAAGAAGGUGCUGGUGGUAGUGUUGGCAGAAUGACCAAUGCAAGCAGUGGCUUCGGUGCCAGAGUGGCGCCACCUCAAGGACAGCAGUUUUGUGGAGCUUCUGCUCGGGCAAAGCCCGAGAAAGAGGAGCAGGACAUCUUUACGAAGUCUGAAAAGUGGCUUCCUGCACUUCCCAGCCCGCAGUUUGAUGGCUGGAAGAACCGUGAGCAGGAGAUUUUGGGCUUUAACGAGUACCUGACUACCUUGAAGGGUUGGGUUGCUCUUGGUAGUGAUACUUUUCCUAUCGAGAUUGAGCAAGCCAUUAGGUGGCCUCAUGAGAUUUUUCAAGCUACUCUCACCAAGCCGCAAGCUCAGAGGAGCAACAGGCUCCUUGCUAUCUUGCGCCAAGCUUUUGCCAGCCACGCGAGAGCAGACAUGAUUUUGCGUUCCUAUGUAGAGGGGGCUACGUAUGGAGAAAAUCUCCAUCGAAGCUCUGGGGACACAUGUGGUUUUGAAGCCUUACGCCUUUUAGGCCACGAGUUUUCCUUACGCUCUCGGGCUGAAGCCAGCUACUUUCGUGCCGAAUUCAUCAAGCGCAGUUUUCGUGGAGAGUCUGCUGCUACUCAUGUCUCAGACAUAGUACGCAAAGUGGACGUCGAGCUGUCUCGCUACAAAAGACUUGUUGAGACUUUGCCUAGCGCCGUUUCUCGCGAUGGUCUCGAAGUAGGUUCGUCAGAUCUCACCCUUAUGCUUUUGCGGAGUAUUUCAAAAGAUGCCCGCUCUUACUGCCUUCUCCAUGCCACAGGAGAGUCGUACGUGGAGUUGCGAAAGGCAGCUCUGCGUUACGAGUCCCAACAGCGGAUGUUUUCGGAGAUGGGUCUCGGUGACAGGCAGGAGCGUCUUGUGAAUGAGCUAGAUGACCCCACUGGCGAGUGGUGGGAAGAUGACGAAUGGUACGAGGACGAGACUGUUAGUGCUUUGUCUGGCAAAUGCCGGCGUUGUGGCAAAGCAGGCCAUUUUGAGAAAGACUGUAAAACAGAUCUUUCGAAAACUGAGUGUUUCAAGUGUGGUGAAACAGGCCACAUAGGAGCAAGAUGCCCCAAAGCCAAGACCAAAGCGAGGUCUCACUCUGACACAAGUAGCCAAAGCAGUAAAACUGCAGAGUCUCGAACGACUGGCAAGCCUGUUUCUGCUAAGGGAAAGGGCCGUGGAAAGAGCACUCAGGCCAAAGGCCGUGGUUGCUCAGGCAAAGGCGGCAAGAAAGGCAAGAUGCACGAGCUCACUGAAGAUGCCGAAGGCGAAGAAGCAGCUCAGGACGAUGGGACCUAUGAGGCUGGUGAGUAUGAAGCCGAAGAAGAAGGUACUGCGAGCAGUUUGCUCAUGAUGCCUCUCCUUCUCAACGACGAUGUUGAAGAGAAGAGUGAGUUUGGUUUGUGUCCUUUGCGUUCUCUUUGUGAUGCGUUGAUGCUGUUUCAAGUGGACACAGAUGACAGUUGGUCAUGGUGGCUGCUGGAUUCAGGCGCCUCUGUGACAGUAAUGGCCACGCAGUUUUUGAGCAAGUACUCUUUCUCCCACCUUACGGAUGCUAGUCCGGGAGGUUUCUCCGCCGCGAACGGUUCUGCUGUACAGAUGUCCAAACGCGGUCGCGCUAGAGUCGCUUUUGAAACCAAGGACUCUGUGAUGCCGUUUGACCUGAAUUGCUAUGUCGGCAAAACGCGGCACAACAUUAUCAGUGUACCUCAGUUGAUGGACAAAGGUUGGGAAAUCCACUUUGUCAGUGAUGGGUGUCACCUGAAGCAUGCGUCAGGCGUGAUUAUCUGUGACAUAACUUGGUACUGUGGGUGUCCAUGGUUGCGGGCAGUUGAGGUUGCCGAAGGCGAUCUUGAUGUGCCUAAAGGGUCAAAGGACCCAGGUUUUCACCAGUGCUAA